AUGGACAGCAUGCACGCACCAACCGUGCCGUCCGGCCCGACCAGCAACAGCCGCGUCAACGGCAACGUGGGGCAUUUGAGCUUCGGCGAGCUCCAACGCAAAAAGGAAGAUUUAGAAGAAGAACUCAAGGCUCUUGGUGGCGUCCUUGAUUCACACGGAGUAAACAUGGAAUCGCCUCUUGUCACCAGAGAUGGCUACCCUCGGUCCGACAUUGAUGUUGCCCAGAUCCGCACCACAAGGGCGCGGAUUGUCCGACUCCGAAACGACUACAAGGAUCUCAUGAAGAAUAUUGAAAAGUACCUACAUCAACAUUUCGCAAGUUUGGAUGAAGGCGACGAAAAUGUCACGCCAGCCUCAAGCACCGUCGUCCCGCCUGUUCUGCCCGACUCGCAAGCUGAUACACUGGACGAGGCGUUUGCCAAGGUCAACACUGUCACCAUCGGUGGCCCAGCAGAUCGCGCUGGUUUAAAGGAAGGCGAUGAGAUUCGCAACCUUGGAUAUGUAAACAGGUCCAACCAUGAUAACCUGAGGAAGGUGGCCGAAUGUGUUCAAGGGAAUGAAGGGCGCAGCAUUUUCAUCAGAGUGUCCAGAGCUUCGGGCGCAGCCAAACGUCAGGAAUUGCGCCUGACCUUGACGCCAACUCGAAACUGGGGUGGCCGAGGCUUGCUCGGGUGUCACAUCCUCCCGUUAUAA